AUGGUGUCGCUGACCGACUUCCAGCGGAUUGGUGUGGGACUGGUCGGCUUUGGCCUCUUCUUCAUACUUUUGGGGAUGCUCUUAUACUUCGACUCGGUGCUCCUGGCCUUUGGAAAUAUCCUCUUCCUCUCCGGCUUGGUCUUCAUCAUCGGCUUUAGAAGGACGUUCACCUUCUUCUUCCAGAGGCCAAAACUGAAGGGCACCAGCUUCUUCCUGGGAGGGGUCCUCAUCGUCCUCAUGAGGUGGCCCCUCCUGGGCAUGCUGCUGGAAGCCUAUGGCUUCAUCAACCUCUUCAGGAGUUUUUUCCCAGUGGCUUUUGGAUUUUUGAGCACGUUGGUAAACAUCCCACUGCUGAACAAGCUACUGCAGAAACUCGGAGACACCAGCUCCAUGGUGUGA